AUGCAAAACCUCAUUGUCAUAUGGUUAUUGGCAAAAGAGUCGACCGAUGUGACAUUCUGUCUUAAUGUAACAAGAUAUAUAGACCUACUAACACCAAUUAUCGAUAGAUUCUCAAAGGUUAGGAUCAUAAUUGGAGAAAUGCUAGAAUUACGUCUCCUUCCACUCGACCCCCCUGUCAACUGGGGUGAUGAGAUUCCAGAGGGAUUAUCCCAUUUCUACAUCGAACAAGAACGUGAAGAUAUUGCCCGUCAUUUCAACUUGGUUGGUGGUAACUUCAAGGUGAGAAAUGAUAAAUCCAAUACAAUGGUUUCCUCUCCAUAUCAGCCAGGACAUUACACUCUAAUUAACAAGGUUAAAAAGUCAUGGUCAACCUAUAUUAAUCAUUAG